AACGUCAACAAGCGUUACACGACAAUGCGUAAUCAAUCGACAAACUUAUCCCGAUCGCUUAUUUCAGUGAAAAUUGAAAGGACUCCUACCGCUCCUAAAGUUGUUCCAAAAUGUAUGGUUAUAAAUGCUCGCUCUCUAGUGAAAGCUGAUGCUGCUCCAACCUUGUAUGCUGAACUUAGCAGCAAUAAUAUUGACCUUUGUUUUGUUUCGGAAUCUUGGCUAAACAAGAAAAUCUUGUCCCACUUGAUCUGCCCUGAUGGCUAUGUGAUGGUUAGAAAAGACCGGAAUGGAAUACCUGCAGGUGGAGGGGUUGCUUUCAUCUGUAGGAAGGACUGGAAAAUAAAAGUAAUCAACGCCAAUGGACAGUUUGAGUUCGAGACUGUUUGGUGCAAAAUAAGAACUCCAAAUUCCGAGUUUUUCGCUGCCAGUGUUUACCAUCCGCCUGACCCCAUCUACGAACCAGCUGAUCUACUGAAUUUCCCCUCUGAAACCUCUGAUCAAAUCCUGCACGAUGAUCCGAACGCCAAGAUCGUAAUUGCAGGUGACAUAAAUCAGUUGGAAAUAAUCACUGUACUACCCUCUAUCCCGGCUAAACCUCAACGGAAAUAUGUCAGUUUCCGCGAAACAAGAGACCACCGCAAAAUUGCUAUGGAGACUAAGCUUAGUGCUUUCGAUUGA